ACAGUGCGAGAGGUGCCCGGCGUGUGUGUAUGGCGAGGGUUCAUGCAUCCUGAGGAGCCCCCACCCCUUCUCUCCCACCCCGUUUUCAGCUCCACAUUGGUACAGUCCAGCCUUGUUUAGCAGGCAGAUAAACUAUCAUUAUAUAAUAUAUGGUAUUAUACCACAUAUUAUAAACGUGUAGGAUCAGGAUUUAAACUGUAUAGCAUUGAUUUUAUCUGCAUGAUCUUUUAAACCAGGUUUGCAUCCUUCAUUUUCUUUUUUUUUUUACAUAUUAUUUUUUAUUUAUUUCAUGCAGACACAGUAACAAAUGUUAAAUACUUGCGCAAAUGUUUUUUUUUACACACAUAAUUCAAUGUCUUCCAAACAUUCACUAUCAUUUGUGAGAUAAAUGUGUGUGUGUGUGUGCGUGUAAAUAAAUACAUAAAUAACAAACAUGCAAAACAGCUGCUUGCACACAUGCCAACCAUGUUGGGCAUGGCUGUACCCAAGCUGCCAGCUGUCCCGCUCGGACAGAUUAACGAGCUCUCGGGUGACGUAACACACCCACCAGGACCCCGAGUGUGUCGCACAACAUCCGCACGUUUGUGCGCUCGAGAGUGGACAAGCAAGAGACAACACGCAUUGUUAAAUGUCUUUUUUUAAUGCACAUAUUUAGCCCCUCCCUCUUCCUAAAUUAGGACAAGUGAAAGGGCAAGUUUAGAAACCACCACGCCCAAGGAAGAACUACCUAUCAGAGAGCGAAGGCGUGACCGACAAGUUGUGAAUCGUUUGCGUGCCCUCUCGGCAAUUUGCCUCACCACAAGUCUGUUUAGCGUAAUGCUAACGUACAAUGCAAAAGGCCAUAGAUGGGCAAAUGAACAGCAUCAAUGUCACAGUGUUAUAAUGGAUAUGUAUUUGAACACAGUGGAGCAACACAUGGAGACAGACAAUAUGGAACAAUUCUCACAGGCGUCUUUAUUUCAAAAAUAAAUUAGUCACAUUUCCAUUCAUUUCCGUGGGGGAAGGUUGGACUUUCGCAAGGUGAAAUCAAAUCCAAUGACUGGUGCGGCGUGACGGUUGUUACCAUGGCAACAGGCCAAGUGCAGCCAUCGCGGAUGACGCUGAUCAGUCAAACUAAUUGAUGCUGGCACGUUUUGACAGGAGACACUCACACGAGUCCUUUCGCCUGACGGGUCAAUAAGCCGCCAGGGUGCGUUUGUUUCGCCUCACUUCACAGCAACCUCUGAUUCCUGAUUUAAAAAGAGGAACGUGUGCAAGUUCUCUUCCGAUACGAUGGAAGUCUCCUGUCCAUGUGAAGCUGUUUGCGUUCUGGACAGCUGCAGAAAAAAAAGGGGGGAGUAUUUAUUUCUUUUUUUUCUCCAGGAGUGAUGGAAAAAAAAAAAGACCAAUAGGGCUGCUGGUUCUUGGCCAACGGCGGACUCCGGUUGUUUGACGUCACAACUUGACGGCUGGCCUACUUUCAGCGCCUGCGACGUCGGCCAUUCUGUAAAACUCACCCCCCCCCCCGAACCAGAUGAAUCAUUUACACUUGCCAAUAACCUCAUUUUCAAAGAUGAAAGCUCGGCUCAUGAAUAUUCAUGAAGUGGCGCAACAAAACGCUCUGACAAGCUCCUGCCAUAUGGAACUAACCAUCGGAGAUUUAGUGCUAAAAACUGCAAUUUGAAAAAAAAUUAAAGUAAUUUACCCGGUACUUGUUCUGUGCUUCUUUUGUGACCAUACAGGCGCAUACAAAUAAGGGUCAAUAUAAAACCAAGGUGGCAUCCCAAAACAAAAAACAACACUAAUUUAUAGGUUUUUUUGUUUGUUUGUUUUCCCUUACCAGUGUCCUUACCAUAAUUGAUAAAAUUAUAUGAAAAUGACCCAAAUCCAACUCGUGCAAAGCAUUUUUUUAAACUGCACUGUUUAGCGAAAGCUCGCUUGUAUGUUAAAUUUUGACUUGAAACACACAAAAAAAGUAAUAUAUAUAUAUAUAUCAAGCGACGGCUCCUAACUGGAAAAAGUAAGUUGGGGCACUUGUAAGACAAGGUACCGCUGAUGCAAUUUGUCACUCGGAAGUCGGAGGAGGUUGUGUUGCUUUCACAGUUGCUGGUGCACAAUACGUUGGCUGUUCAUUGUGCGUUCACGAGAUGGCGCUACCACUGGAGUUACAAAACCAUUUUUUUGUUCAAAUUUUUUGUUUUUAAAUAUAACAUAAAUGAGAAAGUAAAGUAAUAGUAAGGUUUUUUUUAAGUUUAAUUUGCUCCUGCAUGAGCACGCCACGUAGCGCAGACGUUACGUUUCAUUUUAUUUUGAAAUCCGUUCCUUCUCUUGCGCACUUCCGCCCUGUUUCCUGCUGCUUUUCCCACACGGCCCGAGCUGCCAAUCAUCUCUACGAGUGACGUCAUGAGGGAUUUGCGACAAUGUCAAACAUCGUCGCGUGCGCUCGCGUCGCGUCCAAGCGCCAGACUCCAUUUAGCGUUUCGGUCUUAUCGCGUGUUCCACCAUUGUUCCAGGAGCAGGUGAACGGCGCUCAGUCACCAUGACCCGUUAUUCCGAGGGAUACGGAACCGAGGAGGAGUGCGUGCUGUCCGACCCCCAGGGAGAAAGCGACGCGGACGCCGACAUCGAGGACGCCGACUGCAGACUCCAAGAGCCCGGCUCUCUCCCGCGAAUCAGCUCGCGGCGCCGCAAACGGCAGCGCCUGCCACGGCAGGACACCACCGAGAGCGAAGAUGACGGCGGCCUCGCUCACGCCGCGCAUCGCUGGAAUCUGCGGCUCAGUCCCGACAGGACGCGCAGCCGCACCAUUCUGGAAGAGAGCAUCUCGCAGGUGAGGCCGCUCGUCAUCUCCACGUCCGGCGCCGGCAAGCGGGCGCAAGCGGCCCCGCGACCUCGCACGUGCGCCUGGGCGUCGCCCCUCGCCCCCCAGCUGCUCGUCCUCUUGCUCGCCCUCGCUGCCGCCAUCGCAUCCUUCCUGCUCCCGUGGGUCAGAACCUGACGAGCGCGGCGGAGAGUCCGACGGGAUCGCGCGCCAACGUGUUUUCACUUCCAUUUGUGUCCGUGUCAAACAUAAGAACGCUCACUUGUCUUACGUGACAAUUUUGGUCCUAAGCGUGGUCACCCCAUCUUCGAAAUAGACCCGCACUCCCAACAAUGACGACUAUGCAACUCCUGGGUUUGUACCGUGCUAGUUGGCGCAGUGCUGAAGAAUGCCCCCGAUGUCCUUGCCCCCAUCUUGAGCGAGCGCCACCAAGACCUGCUUUCAAAUGCGAGAGCAGCAGAUGUGCGCCAUUUUAGAACUUCAUGUACUGUACCUCCAUUUACCCGAUACGAUUUAUACAAAAUGUUGUUCAAAAGCUUAAUUGUGGUUUUAAUUGUCCUUUUCAGUGUUUACAGGGUCCAGAGUGUUUCAAUAAAAUGACUUUUUUUUUUUUUU